UUUUGCGUGUUGCUAGCUUUCUGUGUGUUUGUGGUGGAAAUAUAGGGAAAAAAAUCCUUUCACCUAAUUCUCCUCCUCUAAAUUUCCCUUGCAAAAAAAUGUCAAACCAGCAAACUUCACUCCUCCUCUCAGGAAAUAACCUGUUCUAAAGAGUUUGCUUUGUAAGCGACCUGCCAGCGUCUUGCUGCUCGAAGGAGGGCUGGAGUAACGGUGCUGGUGCAGAGUGAAGGCGAGGAGGAGUUUGGUGUGGAGGUGAAGUUUAGCUCAGCCCCCGCCCCGUGGCCGCACCGCCCGGGCUGCAGGCAGCGAGCGAGCGAGCGGCUCUUACAACUUUCAGUGUGUGCCGUGCGGGGGGAGUGCGCUGCACUGCGCAUGAGUGUCACCCACGGUGACUGUUAAUUGUCCGUAUUUUUUCCUUUUUUUAUAUAUUAUUUUUUAUAAAAGGCCCGAGCGCUUGAAGAUGAACAAGCUGAAGUCCUCACAGAAGGAUAAAGUGCGGCAGUUUAUGGUCUUUACACAGUCCAGUGAAAAAACUGCAGUAUGUUGUUUAUCACAGAACGAUUGGAAAUUAGAUGUUGCUACAGACAAUUUUUUUCAAAAUCCAGAACUUUAUGUUCGAGAAAGUCUGAAAGGUUCAUUGGAUAGAAAAAGAUUAGAUCAGCUAUACAAUAGAUACAGAGAUCCGCAGGAUGAAAAUAAAAUAGGAAUAGAUGGUAUUCAACAGUUCUGCGAUGAUUUAGGAUUGGAUCCAGCUAGUAUCAGUGUGCUGGUCAUCGCAUGGAAAUUUCGAGCAGCCACACAAUGUGAAUUCUCGAAACAAGAGUUCAUAGAUGGUAUGACAGAUUUAGGGUGUGACAGCAUAGAAAAACUGAAGGUCCUACUGCCUAAAUUGGAACUAGAAUUAAAAGAUCAAGCAAAGUUUAAGGAUUUUUACCAGUUCACGUUCAGCUUUGCAAAGAACCCAGGCCAAAAGGGCUUAGAUUUAGAAAUGGCAAUUGCUUACUGGAAUUUAGUACUUGCUGGGCGAUUCAAAUUCUUAGAUCUAUGGAAUAAAUUUUUAUUGGAACAUCAUAAAAGAUCAAUACCUAAAGACACCUGGAACCUUCUGUUAGACUUCAGCUGUAUGAUUGCUGAUGACAUGUCCAAUUAUGAUGAAGAAGGAGCAUGGCCAGUCCUUAUUGAUGACUUUGUGGAAUUUGCACGACCACAAAUCACUGGGACAAAAAGUACAACUGUGUAGCAUUGGGAGCCUUGUUGCAGAAUGUACAUGAUGUGUACAGAAUGAAAAAUACAGCAAAUAAUGCACAGUCAUUUCACAAUUAGUUACUAAAAAUGCAGAUCAAUGGAUUGAAGUGAAGAUCAAACCUUUCAUUCUAUCUGGAGGAUUGUUAACACCAAAAAGGACUUUUCUUCAAUCAUAUCGUAUUCAUUUAAUGGUGGUUUGGGCUUCUGUCUUAGUCAGGACCUCUAUGUAAUUUCAUCAACAAUGAGUGUGAGUUCCGUCUGUAUACUCUUUGGGAUCCUGUACCAUUCAUCUUUUAUCCGUUUGGAGGACUUUUCUGAAAGGAUAAUUUUAUAGUGCUUUUCGACAUCGAGCACAUUGCUGCCUUCAGUUAGGAACUGAACAGCAUGCUUGGACACAGGAAAUCCGUAUUUGAAAUGGAAUCAAUUCAACCUUAGUACUAUUUAAAUUAUGUAAGCAGGCAGUUAAAUCAUCACAGAAUCUUGCUUUAGCUAAUCUUUGGCCAUUUUGUGUUCUAUGGCAGACUUCUUGUCAUAAAGUCUUAUUUUUCUAUGAAGACUACAUCAUACUAUGCCAAUGUACCAAAUUUGGUCCUGUUCCAUAAUGAACAUGGAAUUAGAAUGGUGCAGUUGUACAACUGAGUUCUGUGGUAAAUACUGUUUGUUUUUUUUUUGACAAAAAUAAAGUUACUCUUCCAUUCCCCUUCCAAUGCACUGCUUCCCUUUCCAGCUGAUGUAUUUUCUUAGGUUGCAUUUAAUCCAAGAAGCAUCUUGUCACCAUUCUGAUACUGAAUUUUGCAAUCUUGAAUUUUGCCUUCUGAUGUUUGCCCUGAAAGGUAUUUCCGGUUUCCUUUCCAGCUGCAAAAUACUCAAACUAUUGCUGAAUUAGGUUUUGACUAAAUGACUAAGUUGUUGACUGAGAAACUAAAAUUGCUCUGCUCUUUUCAACUUGAGCAGGCCUUUGCCACAUUUCACCUAAGGGAAAAUAAGUGGUUGACCUUACCUUUUUUAUAUACAAUAAAAUUAAUGGAAACGUGACUAGAAAUACCUCCGUCUUUUCGUUGGUGUUUGGAGCCGUUUAUUUUUCAAAGUCAAGUUAAAAAUGGUCUAUAUUUAAAAUUAAAGACAAUUAUUGUACACCUGCUUUGAUUUUGCAUCCCAGCUCAGUUCAUUAUUUUAACUUGACAUUUAUUCAGAGAGUAAGAAAGAAUUGGAAAUCUGUUGGUGUGAGAUGGACUUUGAUGCUUGUGUGCUUAGCUUGGUUUUAUUACUCCCUGCAUGGAGUGAGCUGUAAAUUAGAGGAUCAUGAAAUGUUUUAAAGAAAACUAAUCUCUAAGGUCAAUGUUGAGGUGAGCCUUUUAUGUCGUUACAUUUGCUUAAAACAUGUGGAGUAAUCCAUUUAUGUAGCUAUCAAAAUCUGCUUAUUGUAAAUGGCUCCCAUGUUUGUAGAAUGCAUUAUUCAGGUAAAUCUGAGAACUUUAGGAUAUUAUAAUGAGGAUAUAUAUCCAAAAUAUGAAUUUCAUAAUUGGGCCUUCAAAAGAAAUGUCCUAUACCAAUUUUAUUUGGGAUUUAAAAUCAUUUAAUAAACUUUAGAUGUUCUUAUGUUAAAUGGCCAUCUGAUGCACUUGACUUAGAUUCAGUUUCAACAUACCUCUAUGAUUCCUGAACUUGUGUUACAUCGGUUUCUUUCAUUUAUGAUAUUAGUGAUUGCAAAUUUGCUACCUGCCCAAUUAAGUUUUGACUUCACCCACUUAAUUAAUCCAAGUUAAAAUUAUCAAUCAGUCUUGAUGACUAAAUGCACUUAAGUAGUGGGGGGGAAAAAUGUGUUGAUUUUGAUGCAAAUUGUGGAAUGCCUAAAUGCAGCUCUUAUUUGAGCAGUAUGUUGUAAACCUAAUGAUUCAAUUAGUACAUUUCUGAGGCUGUUUUUUGAAACUGAACUUUUUUUAUAUUACUUUACCUCAGUACUGAUAGACCAGAGAAUCACUUUUUAAAAUAAACUUCAUUAACUUUUCAUUCACUAAAUCAUAAUGUAAAGACAUGUAAGUGAUUAUUGAAAGCUGGUCAUUUUAGAAAAUCAAUUUAAUUUUAAUUUGGAAAUUAUACUUCCAAUAAUUUUCUUUUGAAAUUGCAUGGUACAUUUCAAAGUGCAGUUCUACUGAUUUUAUUGCAGUGACACUAAGCAGAUGGAGCCAAUCCUUAUCAAGAUAUGUAUAUGAAAUAUAGAAAAUGCAGUUUUGUUGUGCAGGUUUCUCUAAUUUGGUGUUUAUAUUGUGCAAACAUAAUGUAUUUGAGUACUGUAUAAACUACGGAGUGAGUUGGAACUCCAGUCAUUUGCACAUGAGAUCAGAAGAUUCGUAAAAUGGCUAAGUAGUUAAAAUGAAGUUGUAAAAACAAUGUAAACUAAGUAAAUUUUGCAGCUGUUAAGCAUUGAUUUUUGGUUAUCGCUCAAAUUUAGGUACUUCUAAUGCCAAUAUAGUCUUUUAAAUCAAGACAUUAAAAAUAAAUCACUAUUUAAAGUGGUAGAUUUGGUUUCUUACUCACCGUUGCAGUCCACUUGCCUGCUUUCAGCAUGCACUUCGGCUUUGGAGAAACUCAGCAUACCUGCACAAUUGAUUUACAUGAAGUACACAUGUAUUCAAAUAACAGUCCAAACUUCUGCGUGUGCAACAAAACUGGAAAUGAACACAGCUAAGGUAAUUAAUGGCCACAUUUUAUUAUUUGUGUUUUAGUUGUGAGACUUCAUAAAGUCACAAUUGCAGUGAUGGAUUUCUUCUUCACAAUGCCAAUUAGUAGUCGUUAAUAUUGAGUAUUUUCUUCAGUACGUGCAAAUCUUCCUUCUAUAGCAUCUUUUAUGCACAUAUUUACCUGAGACAUCUCAUGGGGAGUUGAGUUGCAUCCCUCUAGAAUGCCCUACUGCUGAAGAAAUGUCAAUUUUAAUUUUAAUAUUGGUCCAAACAAAGCAACGUGCAUGGAGGGGAGCAAGUUGCUUGGUGAAUUGUUGGUGAGUAACUAAUGGUGCAAUUUUAAACAGGAUUUAGUUUUGCUCUCAGGUUGAAGUGGUUGCCCUAAAACUUCAUUCACUGCUAUUUGUAUGCAUGGCUGAACAUUUCUUUGUUACGUCUUUUAAAUGAUCCUCCAGCUUUCGACUCAAAAUGGAGAUGUUUUGUAGUUUGAAGCUUCUCACAUGCCUUGUGGGAAAACUGCGUGCAAGAUUUUUGGGAAUAAUUUUCAAAUAAACGAGGAAGGUACUUGUACAUAUAUAAUUACAUUCUUGCAUGCCAGGCCUUGUUUGGAGAAAAUGCACUUAGGCCUUUUUUGGUGUGUUCUAAAAAUGAGUCUGAUCCUUGAAACUAUAGAAUGAAAUUUAAAAAAACAAAUUAAGUAACUGUACAUUUUAAAUUAGUUGAUAGCCUUGGGAAGACAGAUUUGUAAUUAGUAAACAUUUAUUUCUAUUUUGUUUCCCCAUGCUACAUCAAUACCCAGCAGAGAGUAGGCAGUGGAUCUUUCAGAUCUUCUCAGGUUCUUAAAUUUUCUAUUAAUACAUUAACUUAGCUUAAAAGUUUUGGUCGUUCCCAUUUACGAACUCUUUAGUAACCAUGCUUAGUGUGACAUAUGUAGGAAUGUGUGAGUAUGUUUUAUGCCUCUCCAUUCUAAGAUUCAAUCCCCCUUAGUUGCCCAUUAAGAUGGCACUUUGGUUGUUCAUUAGUACUGUUCUCUGCAUUUGUAAACAGUCCUGGUGUAACUAACUAUUGCACUGAGCCAUUUGUAGUGAUUCGAACUUGCUCCAAAGCUGUUAACUAGCUUGGAAUGUAAUGUCCUUCUGUAAAUGGAAAUCACAUUUUAAGUUACUAAAAUGAUACACAAUGAUCAAUGAUGGCUUAAAACUGCCAUAGAACCGGUUUUGCUGUUGAAGGGAUUAAUGUUCCUCCUUCUGAUUCAGUUAUAACUUUAAUGCAUUAUUUCAAGAUGAUGAGAUCUGAAUUUUGGACUUUUAAAAAAAAAAUCUCCCUAUUAGUUUUCUCAUUAGAUGAUUAAAGUAUCUUUCUGUAGAUGCAAACAAUAAAAGUAACUUUCUUUAUUUAAAGAAACACUUGUACCUGUUGACCCAUUAAAGAAUCAUCUGCAGUGUUUAUGUAGUGUGCCAAAACCAUUGUCUUUUGUUGCUUGGCAUUGAAUAAACCAACAUGGUUUGGUGUAUUUUUGUCCUGUUUGGCCACAUCCUUGAAUAUGUUAAGGCCUGAAAAUGGCCUGUUCCUUUUGUAGUAUUUAAGGAAUGUAGAGAAUGGAACACUUGUUCAAGUUGAACAAUUGUUAACUAUGAAGUCUCCAUGGUUAUGGGACAGGGAAACAGUAUUGUAAUUCAGGCCUAAUAUAUAGUGCUUUGUACGUAUUGCAAUUCUGUACACUUGUAGGUAGCAUAUUUUAGAGUAUUGAGAGCGUGUUUAGGAAGAGCUUGUUUAAAUGAUUGUCAUGUAAAUUAUGUAAAAUUAUCUCUAUGGGCAAAUGUAUUGUAAAUUAAACAUGAUGAAAAUCUACAGGGUCCACUGAAAAAUGCCAAUAAAAGGGUUUUAAAACAAUUGACUUGAAGUAUCCAGUUGCCUGUUUACUAUGAAUUUAAAACACUCUUAAAAUUCAUUUUUAUCAUAUAUGUUACUUUUAAGCUAAAAGCCCAAAAUAGGUCAUUGUGGCCAUUUGCUUUACCUGACUGUUCUCUUAUUUCUAAUCACUUCCCUGCUUCAUUUUUUGCAUAUUUAUUUUCUCUAAGUCUUGAUUAGUGUAGGAAUAGUGUUUAUUUAGGAUCAAUAAGAUUUACUUUUUCUUUCCAUAAGUUUCAAAACUAGCUCCAAUAAAUUUGUUUCUUGAAUGCUUCAGUGAAUUGCUGUAGUAACUUUUUCUGGGUUGCUCAGUCAUGCUUUAGGGAGGUAAAGUAGUUUUGUUGCUUUGCUUUGAAUUUUAAAUGUGCUCCUUGAUUGUGAGUCAUACGGCUGAAACUAUUUUAUAAAUUCCUCAUCAUCAUCACAAACACUUCAAUUGGAUCACGUCAGUCAUUUUUCCAAGGAAGCAUGCUGAACAUAUCCAUUUCACUGGAGAUCAAUUUCUUGAUGUCAGGCAUCAGUUUGCUUUUAUUCUCCAUGGCAGUGAUGCACUUUCUGUAAAUGGUUACCAAGAUGCUUUCUCACUGAGAACUUGCUCAACAGUCCAACAAAAUUUCACUUGCUAGGCUAAUGUUGUACAAUAAUUUGCCAUUUUUGUGUCCAGGUAAAUACUAUUAAUUAUCUCAUUUAUCCAUUGUGGUUCAUGACCUCCUGUGUUUUAACUGGAACUUAGCUACACGUUCUUUCCUCAGUUCAUGUACCUAAAUUGAAUUUCCAAUUAUUUAACAUGCUGUAAUGCAUAAUUUGGUUACACUUUGCUUGAUCUCUUUCUGGGUUGUAAGAAACAAUUAUGUGCAAGAAACAUUGAUACAGAAGAUAGAGGUCAUUAAGUUCAUGUAGUCUGUGAUGUGCCAGUCUGAUUUUUGUAUUUGAGGAGAUGCCAUCUUUUGAAAUUAAGCAUUUAAAUUGAAAUACAUAGUGAAUGUUUAGAUAGAAAUAAAUGACUUAACAGUAAUGGUAAAAUGAUUUGGUUUUUAACAAUUAUCCUGCGAGCAUAAUCAGAAAUUGAUUAGAACAGUUACAGCCCAUGAAAAGGCCCUUUGGCUCCUGAUGUACUGAACUAAUUGAACUAGUAACUAAAUGCCAAACUUACUUAAUCCCUUCUACCUAUACAAUAUUCAUUCUCUGCAAGUUCACAUGCCUGUCUAAGAGACUAUAUUGUAUUUGUUUCUAGCAAACAUAUACAGAAGGAUAUUGGUCUCCUCGUUCAAGUGUAACCCAUCCUUGUAUAGGCCAAACCUUCCCCAGAAGAGAUCUCAAUGAUCCAGAAAUCUGAAGCCAUGUUCCCAGCAUCAAUUCCUCAGCUACAGACUCAACUGCUAAAUCUCUCAUCCUCCUGUUACUCUCAUUGGCUCAUGGCACAGGUAGCAAUCCAGAAAUUACUACCCUUGAGGUCCUGCCGUCAUCUUUCUACUUGGCUCCCUAUAUUCUCUCUUCAGGACCUCAUCUCUUUUCCUAACCUAUGUCACUGGCACUAGUACCUUUUAGAAUGCUGUGGAGUUAAUCCGAGACAUCCCAGUGUGGUGUCACGCAUCCAUAGAAUCUCCGGUCUGUCCCUCUAAGUAUUGAAUACCCUAUUAUUACUGCACUCUUCUCCCCAUUCCCUUCAUAGUCACAAAGCCACAUUCAGGUCAGAAAGCUGGUUGCUGCAGUUUUCUCAUGGUAGGUUGUCUUCCUCUUCCCACCCUUCCUUAAAAUCAACAGGAUCAAAAACAGUAAUUUGUAGUAAGGGGAGUGGUCAGGGGAACUCUGUAAUGCCUGCCUCUUCCCUUUCCCUAUCCUGACAAGUUACCCAGCUACCUGCCUCCUGCAAAUUGGGUAUGACUACCUUAUUUUUCUGUAUGAGCUGGAGGUCAUCCAGCUGCACCUCAAUUUCCAUAACAUGGUUGUUAAGGAGCUGCAGCUGGAUGUAAUUUGUGCAGCUGUAGUUAUCAGGGAGACUGGAGGUUUCAGAGUUCCCACAUCUCACACGAAGAAUAUACCACUGCCCCCAGAUCCAUUCUAACAGCAGUAGAUAGGCAGCAAUAGACAAAGAAAGAAACUUAAAGCUUAAGGCAAAGGCUCAAGGUUUCGAACUAAAGCCUGGAGCUAACCGUUCUAACACUGGUCCACUACAAGGGCUGCUCCCAAAAUGGCCACUCACUUAAACCUAACUUCCUUUUAUUGGUCUUUGCAAAGUGCAUAAUAAGAGGCCCAGAAAGUUGUUCUUAAAUCUCGUGACAUCAAUAGUGACAGUAACCCUUACCCGCUGUAAUCCAUUUCUUCAUCCACAAAUAAUCCAUGUUACCACUUCCACUGAUAGUCAUACCCUGAAAGAACUCCCAACAGAUUAGUCCCAUGUGGUAGUCAAACACAAAACUCAGCGGGUCAGGCAGCAUCUAUGGAAAGGAAUAAACAGUUUAUGUUUCGGGCCAAGAGCCAUUGACUCUCCGUAGAUGCUGUCUGAUCUGCUGAAUUCCUCAAGCACUUCGUUUUACUCUGGAUUUCCAGCAUUUGCAAAAUCUCUUUGCUUAAGGCUGGCAUAGCUGGGAAAGGCUGAAUGGGGAAAAGCCUCCCACUACCCAUUAAAUGCUCCCAAUGGCGGGCAUCUUAAAUAGCCACUGACUACCAGGUCCAGCUCCUGGCCUUCAUGUGUGGCUCAGCCUCUAAGCCCGGUGGAACUGUAUCUACCAACAGGAGAAUGGGCAAAGGUGGUUUACCUGCACCUUAAAACCAGUCACUUAGGACUGCUGUGGCUCAUCAGCUCAUCUAGAAGGAAAACUCUGACCUCAGACCUCUGCUGCCUUGCAACUAUAUGUGCCCACGGGGAAGGCUUUGGGAGUAAACCCUGGGGGAAAGUCUGGAGCUGGGGUCCCUAAAGCAGUCCUGUGUUGAGUUUAAUGUUGAAAGGCAGCUCCUGUGAUUAGCUGGUGCCAAACUGUAUUGGUCUCUGCAGUUCCUUUGGAUUCAUCAGCUGUAUGGAAAGGGAGAGUUUGUUACAUGGGUGACAGUUUGAUCUCCAUAUUGUACUUCCUGGUUUAUAUCAAUAAUGUAGAUAGCUAGGACACAACAUCCAUGAUUGACCAUGACCAACAGAAGGCCUAUCUAUAUACUGAUUUGCAGUCCCAUUUGAUUUUAUUUUCAUAAACUCAUGUUCAUUCUGCUUUGUCCUAUUCUUUUCAAGCUGUUCUGCUAUUACAUCCCGGCCAAGUUUAUUGCACCAAGAACUAUAGUGACUGCAGACAUAUUACUGCCAUUUUUGGAUGAGUGCUUCUGAACCCAUUACUACCACCCACCAUGCAUUAUCUAUGACUGCCAGUAGUAGUAAUGCUGAUGUAUAUUUGUCUUGUAUAUGCACUUCUGUAAACUUGUACAUCUACAGAAUACUUUUUAAAAUCUGUUAAUGUUGUGCUAAUCUGAUAUGUAAUGUGUUUUGCACCUUGGCCCCAGAGGAAUGUUGUUUCAUUUUGCUGUAUACCAGUGUACUGUUGAAUAAACUUGAACUUUUAGUCUAGUGA